UACAAAUAUCUUAGUAGAAACAAAAUGGAGAGUAAAUCACAUUUUCAAAAAUGUAUUUAACAAAUUUCAAUAGAUUUGGAUUUGAAAUUGUUACAGUAGGGCAAAUUCAAGAAAUAUGAGACACUUUUUUGAGGUUUUAAAGUUUAAUAUGCAUGUUUAAAACUUGUAGCUCAACUGUUUUGCUACAACCUAGAAGGAAAUGUAACACAGCGUUUCGCCUAUCCUGGUCAAUGUCGGUAGUUGGGAGUUGGCCCCAAAUAAACCGGUUCAAAUAUCAAUAUAUCACAUUAAAUAUGUAAUAAUGACAAUUCAUUUUACAUGGUUGACACCUCAAUAAUCCUCCUUUAGGGUAAAGAAAAGACAGUAUGCCCAGGCUGUACUAAGCGGUUUGUCAGUCACAGUCAUGUAUCCGGAUGAGCUGCAGAACAAUGGGUCUUUUGGUGGCUCACUGGUCUUCUGAGAGGUCUGCCUGUACUUGGUGGAGAGGGGGUUUUGAUGAAAAAUAACCCAUUGUCACUCUCAUCCUGCAACUGAGCCAGUGCACUGGAAUGAGUUGGAUGUCAGCAAGGAUACUCUACCAUAAAGCAUAAAAAGACGUCCCUUUUUUGCCACAUGGACAGAUUGUAGUUAAAAGCCUGUCGGAGCAACAUGAGCUGGAGCUUUCUCACACGCCUUCUGGAAGAGAUCCACAACCACUCCACAUUUGUGGGGAAAGUUUGGCUCACUGUGCUCAUCAUCUUUCGCAUCGUACUCACGGCCGUCGGAGGUGAGUCCAUCUACUCCGACGAGCAGACCAAAUUCACCUGCAACACCAAGCAGCCGGGCUGCGACAACGUGUGCUACGACGCCUUCGCCCCCCUCUCGCAUGUUCGUUUCUGGGUCUUCCAGAUAAUCAUGAUCUCCACUCCCUCCAUCAUGUACAUGGGCUACGCCAUCCACAAGAUAGCCCGAUCUUCAGAGGAUGAGCACAGAAAGCAGCAAAGAGGCCGCAAGAGGCCGCCUCCUCACACACGAUGGAGAGAAAGUCAACCUCUUGAGGGGGUGCUGGAGGAGGAGGAAGAUGAUGAUGCCGAGCCCAUGAUCUAUGAGGAUGCACUGGAGGUCCAGGAGGCCAAGGCACAUCCUGUGAGCAGCGCUAGCAAGGACCCGCCAAAACACGAUGGCCGCAGAAAAAUCCUGCAACAAGGCCUGAUGAGAAUCUAUGUUCUCCAGCUCAUGUCGCGGGCUAUUUUUGAAAUUGCUUUCCUAGCCGGACAGUAUCUCCUGUAUGGAUUUCGAGUUAGUCCGUCCUACGUGUGCAACAGGGUACCCUGCCCACACAGAGUGGACUGUUUUAUCUCCAGACCCACUGAGAAAACGAUCUUCCUCCUCAUUAUGUACGUGGUGAGCUGUCUCUGUCUCGUGCUAAAUGUGUGCGAGAUGCUUCACUUGGGGAUCGGCACAUUUCGGGACACGCUCCACAUGAAGAGGAACCGCGGCCGACGUCCCGCGUCCUAUGGCUAUCCGUUUUCACGCAACAUCACAGCCUCACCCCCCGGGUACAACCUUGUGAUGAAAACAGACAAACCCAGCAGGAUCCCCAACAGCCUCAUCCCCCACGAGCAGAACAUGGCCAACGUGGCCCAGGAGCAGCAGUGCACCAGCCCCGACGAGAACAUCCCCUCCGACCUCGCAAGUCUGCACCGGCACCUAAGGGUGGCGCAGGAGCAGCUAGACAUGGCCUUUCAAACCUAUCAGACCAAAAACACACAGCAGACCUCCAGAACAAGCAGCCCUGUGUCUGGGGGCACCGUGGCGGAACAAAAUCGAGUCAAUAUGGUCCAAGAGAAGCAAGGAGCGAGGCCAAGAUCGGCCACAGACAAGGCGGCGACCAUCGUGAAAAAUGUAAAGACCUCAGUAUGGAUAUAGAACUUCAUCUAUUCUAGGGAACUGACAUCCAAACUAAAGCAUCCUGAACUCCAGAGCAGUAAAGGAUGAGGAGAUGUAACUACGGACAGCAACAACUUAGAUCUGAAGCACACUAAUUAGAGACGUAGUAACCUUAAAGGUCUAGUAUUUGGAAAUAAUAAAUAAGAACACAAAGAUUUAACUCAAUAUCAUGAAACUUUUCCAUAGUAGUAGAUGUUGGUUAUAGUUAACAACACAUGCCUGCUUAGCUUAGCAUCUUUAAUUCCAGCUAAAUUUCUUUACAAGCUUUUGAUCAAAUUUGUCAUCACUGAAAGGGAUUCAAUUGGAGAAACUGAGCUUUGAAAUUUGGCGACUGUAGUGAAAAGCAGAAAGUAAAUCACGUGAAUUGCACUAUGAAUCUUUUUUUUUUUACAUAGACUAGAUAGAAAGAUGCAUGUUUUACUUUUGGAUAGAUAUUUUUGAACAUAGAAGCAAUUUAAAUAGAACUAUUUUAGUUAUGACAAGAUAAGCAGUGAAAACCUUUCUAGGAAUCGUUUGCAAAGAGUGAUUUUUUUUUUUUUUUUUAGGCACUGUGCGCAAAGCCCUAAUCUGUGUGUCAUUGUUUCAAAAAAGCUUUCCCCUGUCAUAUAAAAGCAGUGAAUAAAUACAAAUUGCAACAAUUCUUGAUACUAAACAGUAAUAUCCUGUGAGAAGAGACCAUCCAUUAUUUACAGCUGGGAACAUUAAACAUGAACAGGUACAGGCUAUAGUGGAAAUCUCAUUGUUAGCCAUUUAAUAAACUCUUAU